AUGCGGGAUAAUUAUGUAACAGUAUCGCGUAAACUGGAUAAAAUUCGUCUGACCUCAAACACCUUAAUUCGAGCCUGCAUAGCAGAAUUUUGUGGAACGGCUAUCAUGAUCAUUUUUGGUUGUGGGGUCAUUGCACAGGUCACGUUGGGUGACCAUGGGAAAAUGAAGCAUGGUAAUAUGAACUCCAUCAGCUGGAAUUGGGGUUGGGCUGUGACGCUGGGGGUAUUUUUUGCCGGCGGUAACGGUUCAGGUAACAUCAAUCCGGCCAUCUCGUUGGCAUUUGCUCUGAUCGGUCGUCUGCCAUGGAAGCGAGUUCCUUGGUACACAUUAAGCCAAACAAUUGGUGCGUUUGUCGGUGCAAGUGUCGUAUUACUAUUGAAUUUAGAAAACAUUCGUCAGUUCGCGGAUGAGCAUAACGAUGGUUUGUGGCUGGUGAACACAACCGGGAACAUAUUUGUGACCAAUCCAUGGGUAUCUCAUAUGAAUUGCUUAGUGGAUCAAAUUGCGGGUACAGCACUCCUGACUGCCGGAGCUUUAGCUAUUGUGGAGAAAAACACUUGGGCCAUGCCCGAUUAUUUGCAUCCGCUUAUGUUUGGAGUGCUCGUGUGCGCAUUAGUACAGGCAUAUGCCCUAAAUGCGGGCUGCGCAUUGAAUCCCGCACGCGACUUCGGUCCACGGCUGAUGCUUGCGUGUUUUGAAGGGAAACCAUUGAAAAGUGAACCUCAGUGUAAAGAUUAUCACCGAACGUCACGUAGCCGGGUGGCCAGACUGACUGACCGCAUUCGUCUCACACGGUAUCCGAUGGCCCGAGCCUGUUUGGCCGAAUGCUGCGGAACGGCAAUCAUGGUUAUUUUUGGUUGUGGUGUACUGGCUCAAGUUGAACUGGGCUCAGGCGGUAUGCAAAAGCACGGUACUUUCAUCUCCAUCAGCUUGGGAUGGGGUCUGGCAGUUUGUUUGGGUGUAUUCUUUGCCGGAAUAAAUGGCAGCGGAAAUAUCAAUCCAGCAAUCACAUUGGCGUGGGCUAUACUAGGCAGGAUACCCUACAAACGAGUUCCAUUCUACACAAUUUCUCAAAUAUUUGGAGCAUUUCUGGGAGCGGUGACCAUAUACGGUGUAUAUUGGGAGAAGAUUUGGGAGCAUGCCACAGUGUAUGAUGGUGGAGAGCUGUUUGUCAACACCACAGGCAACAUCUUUGUCACUAAUCCGCACGCAUCCCAUUGGACUUGUUUCAUUGAUCAAGUCAUGGGUACAGCAUUAUUGGCCGCUUGUGCUCUGGCCAUCGUAGAUCGAAAAACCUGGAAUCUACCUGAUUUUAUGCACCCCAUCUCACUAGGUCUAAUGGUCUAUGCCCUUGUGGGGUGUUUCGCUUUAAAUGCCGGUUGUGCUUUGAAUCCAGCUCGUGAUCUUGGACCCAGAUUGGUUCUUUUAAUCUGUGGUUGGGGAUCCAGCGCAUUCACCAGUGGAAAUUACUACUUCUGGAUUCCAAUUGUUGGUCCUUAUUUGGGCGCAGUUAUUGGAGCUUUACUGUACGAGCUCACAAUCGGUAUCCACGUGAGCGGACGAAAAACGGAAUCUGCACAUGCGGACGGUGCGCAAAAUUUGUGA